GGGAAUAGCGGAGGCUGAAGUGGGAAAGUGGCAGCUUCACCAGCUACCAGUCUGGCAGAGGGAUCACCACUGACAGAAUGAGAGUCUGGAGCAUGGACCACUGGACAGGGCUCAUUACUGCCUGGAAUCUUCUCCUGCUGACAGGUCUCACUAAUACAUUCAACAUUGAUGAAAAGAAACCAAGGAUAAUCCCUGGGUCAAAGGAUGCUUUCUUUGGCUAUACUGUACAGCAGCACCAGAUUGCAGGCAAGAAAUGGCUGGUGGUGGGAGCCCCCUUUGAUCAGAAUGGAGCUCAGAAGACUGGGGACAUAUACCGAUGUUCGAUCACCAAUGAUACCUCCAGUGACUGCAGCAAACUUGGAAUUGGCAGGGUGACGCUGUCCAACAUCUCGGAGCGAAAGGAUAACAUGCGCUUGGGAAUGAGCUUAGUCACAAAUCCCAAAGACAACAGCUUUCUGGCGUGCAGUCCACUCUGGUCUCACGAGUGUGGAAGCUCUUAUUAUACCACUGGGAUGUGCUCCAGAGUCAAUGCCAAUUUCCGCUUCUCCAGAAUUGUGGCCCCUGCUCUGCAAAGAUGUCCAACUUUCAUGGAUAUUGUCAUUGUGCUGGAUGGAUCUAACAGCAUCUACCCUUGGGCGGAGGUACAGAGCUUCCUCAUCAGCAUCCUGCAGAAAUUCUAUAUUGCACCGGGUCAGAUUCAGGUUGGGGUACUGCAGUACGGCGAGGAGGUUGUCCAUGAAUUCUUCUUGAAUGACUUUCGCUCAGUGAAUGAAGUGGUGGAGGCUGCAAAGCGUAUUGAGCAGAGAGGGGGCACAGAGACCCGCACGGCACUGGGCAUCGAGAAAGCCACGACUGAGGCAUUCCAGCAUGGUGGACGGAAGGGAGCCAAGAAAGUGAUGAUUGUUAUUACAGAUGGGGAAUCCCACGACAGCCCUGACCUGGACAGGGUGAUAGAGAGCAGUGAAAGAGACAACAUAACCCGCUACGCAGUGGCGGUUCUGGGAUAUUAUAACAGACGAGGGAUUAAUCCUGAAGCUUUCCUGAAUGAGAUCAAAUUCAUUGCCAGUGACCCUGAUGACAAGCACUUCUUUAAUGUGACAGAUGAAGCCGCUUUAAAGGACAUUGUGGAUGCACUCGGUGAAAGGAUUUUCAGUUUAGAAGGAGGAACCAAUAAGAAUGAGACAUCAUUUGGGCUUGAAAUGUCCCAGGCAGGGUUCUCAUCCCAUGUGGUGGAGGAUGGGAUAUUACUCGGUGCUGUUGGAGCAUAUGACUGGAAUGGAGCCGUUUUAAAAGAAACAAGCAGUGGAAAAGUGAUUCCACGGAGAGAGUCCUACCUGAAGGAGUUUCCUGAUGAGCUUAAGAACCACGGAGCUUACCUCGGCUACACUGUCACCUCUGUGAUAACCCCACAGCGUGUCAGGCUGUAUGUGGCAGGGGCUCCAAGGUUCAACCACACAGGAAAAGUGAUCAUCUUCAGCAUGCAGGGAAUGGACAAUCUCAUUAUCCACCAGUCUCUUCGAGGACAACAGAUCGGAUCAUACUUUGGCAGUGAAAUUGACUCUGUAGAUGUAGAUGGUGACGGGGUAACGGAUGUCCUCUUGGUUGGAGCGCCAAUGUUCUUCAGUGAUGUCAGGGAGCGCGGCAGAGUCUCUGUGUAUGUGAUGAGAGAAAAGCGGUUCUUUCCAGAUGGGGUGCUCCAAGACUGGGACAGCUCGCAGGACUCCCGAUUUGGAUAUGCCAUAGCGGCAGUGCCAGAUCUUAAUCAGGACUCUUUCAACGACGUGGUGAUUGGAGCUCCUCUAGAAGAUGGACACAAAGGUGCAAUCUAUAUCUUCCAUGGGUUUAAAAAGAACAUUUUGAAAAGGUACAAACAGCGUAUUGCUGCCACCGACCUGUCUCCCCAGCUGGUGUAUUUUGGGUGCAGUAUUCAUGGGGAGAUGGAUAUGAAUGAGGAUGGCCUGGUGGACCUGGCAGUGGGUUCCAUGGGAAAUGCUGUUGUGCUUUGGAGUCGCAGCAUUGUACAGGUUAACGCCACCAUCAGGUUUGAGCCACCAAAGAUCAACAUUUUCAGUAAAGAGUGCCACAGGAACGGACGAGAAGCCACUUGCAUGGCAGCAUUCAUCUGCUUCUCCCCAAUGUUUAAAGCGCCUCAAUUCUAUGGGCAGAGCGUGGCCAUUAAAUACAAUGUCACGAUUGAUGAGCGGAGAUACACGCCCCGCGCUGUUAUUGAUGACAUUGGAGGAGACAAGCACUUUAUUAAAACAAUCAGAGCCACAAGUGGGCACAGCCAGUGCCAACAGCUCAACUUCCAUGUCUUGGAUACAGCAGACUAUGUAAAGCCAAUCACCUUUUCCUUGGAGUACGAGCUGGCAUUUCCAGAUCAAGGACCUCUACUGGAGGAGGGCUGGCCAACAUCUCUCAAGGCGUCGGUUCCCUUUUGGAAUGGAUGUAGCCAGGAUGAGCGCUGCGUACCUGACCUCUUCCUGGAUGUGAGACACGAUAUCCCGACUGCACUGGAGUACUGCCAGCGAUCUCUCAGAAGAUCCGCUUCAGACUGCGCUACCUUUAUGCGUUCUUUCGACAAUUCUGUCUUCAUCAUACAAGGAAGUAGAAGGCGAGUGGCCUUGGAGGCGACACUAGAAAACAGAGGGGAGAACGCAUAUAGUACCGUACUCAACAUUUCCCACUCUCGGAAUCUGCAGUUUGCCAGCCUGAUUACUAAGGAGGAGUCAGACAUUAAAAUGGAAUGUAAGAGUGAUGACCACAUUCCGCACUGCAAAAUCUGUAACAUCAGCUUCCCUUUCUUCAGAGCCAAGGCCAAGGUGGCAUUCCGAGUAGACUUUGAAUUAAGUAAGUCUGUUUUUCUUCCAUCUCUGCAAAUCCAUCUUACAGCAAGCAGUGACAGUGAAGAACUAGAGGGUACAAUUGGCGAUAAUGAGGUUUUAUUGCACUUCAACCUGAAGUAUGAAUCUGAUCUACUGUUCACUAGAUCUUCCAGUCUGGACCAGUAUGAAGUCAAUUUUCAGGGGUCUACUGACAGAUACAAUGCAAUCGGGCCUCCGUUCAACUGCACCUUUAAGAUCCAAAAUUUGGGCAUUUUCCCUGAGGAUAUCACUAUUAAGAUAACUGUGCCUGUGGCUACUCGUGGAGGGAACCGCCUGCUCAUGUUGCAGCAGCUGAUCAGCGACCAGGGAAAUGAAACCUGCAAUGUCUGGGGCAACAAUACGGAUUACAGAAAGAGACCAUCAGAGGAGGACCUGAGUCACAUCCCGCAGCUGAAUCACAGUAACGCUGAUGUGGUGUCCAUUGACUGCACUGUGAGCCUGGCACCCAAUCAGGAAGCAGCACUCUCCCUGUAUGGACAGCUAUGGAGCAGAUCUUUCCGUGUGAUAACCUUCCGCUCUGUGAGUUUGGUUACUUUUGCGGUCUUACAACGGAAAUUCCACAGUCCUUUUAUUUUCAGAGAAGAGGAACCCAGUCGCCAGAUCACAUUUGAAAUUACUAAGCAGGAGGAAUGGGAGGUUCCAUUGUGGAUAAUAGUCAUCAGUACAUUAGGUGGGCUGCUGCUGCUGGCUCUCCUGGUUCUGGCUCUCUGGAAGCUGGGAUUCUUUAAACGGAGUCACCACGAGAGGGAGGAAGAAGACAAAGUGUUGGAGUGAUCAGCCCACUGUCUGCACCCAUACAUAUAUACUUCAAGCCAUGGAGGUCAGAGAGGAGAGCUGGCUCAGAUGAUUGAAAACUAAUGGACAGUAGCAAUUAUCUUGGAAAGGCCUAAGUGCACAGGACUGAAGGCAAAACGGUAACUCGGACGUUACCACCAAAUGCUGCCUCAGGGAGUACUAGCUCCCACCUCCUCUUCAUCAUCUAUUUAUUUCAUUAUUGACCUCCACUCUUUGAACUUUCAGCCAAAGACCGAACUUGCAAGCUCUGACAGGUUCUGCUCAGGGAUCAAAUCUACCAGUCACUACAAACAGGUGGAGACCACUGUCUGUUUCCCUGGAGUUCUCCCUCCGUAUUCUAAGCCUGGAAUUAUUAUUUCCUUUUUCUAGUUUUUGUUUAUUUCUAAAAUACCCUGUAGCAUGGCCAGGAAACAGAAGAUUUCAGAACUACUUCUCUAAGUUGGAUAAAAAAAGAACUAAAAUUAGAUUUUGUUUUUGAGUCUCAAUGUCAGGAUGGAGUUUUGUACAAAAAGCCUUAGUUCACAAUCAUGCACAGAUCACUUUUCAUUGAUCAUUCUCCUAGGUAAAAUGUUAAAAAGAAAUAUUGUCUUGUGUUGUGGUUUGCUAAAAUGCCUAGAUUCUCAAAAUUUGACUAUUUGAAAAACAUAGCGGCGGCUGCCAUGUUUUGGUUAAGAGAGUAUUCAUGAGAAUGCGAUUUAAGUCAGGAACCAGUAACAUUGAUAGCACUAUUUUUCCAUUAGUCCAGUUUAAAUAAACUGGGAUGUAAAUAUUUAAAAAUAGAAGUAAAGCACAUUGGGGGGGGGGAUCCAAUUAGACGCGAUAAUGAGCCAAAUCACCAUAUUUUUACCUUGAAAGAGGGAUUUUGCACUACUUAUCCCCUGCUCAGAGAUGAAGAGAAAUUUGCAGUAAGCCUGAUGAAGACUCAUCGCCAAUAACUAUUCGCAGCUAAAUAGAUCCCAAGUUAUCACUAAUGCGAUAAAAUAUUGUGAAGCCGCAUUAUUGCAGCUAAUUGGAUACCCCCAUAAUUUUGACAAGGUUAUUUUAUUUUCAUAUGUAAUCAAUAACACAGCUGCAGAGUCUCAUCAUCUCAUAACUGGCAAUGGAAAAAAUGCACCUUUGCAAACCUAGAACUUUUAUAUAAAGGCAUAAAGUUAUUUUCCUCUUACUCAAAACACUUAUUGGCCCGGAUGAAAUUCCAGCCAAGUUUGGAGGUUGUGUGGGAUGCCGGUCGAACUCUGACUUUUUUUUAAAGAGGCAAUCACUUACAA